UCAGUGCUCUGCGCGUGGAGCGUAGAAGAAGAAAAAGACAUGGCGGCCCCUACAGACGCAAUGAAAAUGCUCCAAUUUUUAAAACUAAUCGGCCAUCUUAAAAGGAUACCACGGACAGGCUGGGUGCACAGGAAGGUACAGGACCCAGAAAGUGUGUCGGACCACAUGUACCGCAUGGCCCUGAUGUCUCUGGUCAUCACAGACCCUAAAGUGGAUAAGGACAAGUGUAUCAAGUUAGCUUUGGUUCAUGACAUGGCCGAGUGCAUCGUGGGAGAUAUUGCGCCGUCCGACAACAUCAGCAAAGCGGAGAAACACCGGCGGGAGGAGGCAGCCAUGAGGCAGCUAUCGAGUCUCACGCCAGAUCACCUCGGGCAGGAGAUAUAUGCACUGUGGGAGGAAUACGAGCACCAGAGCAGCGCAGAAGCCAGGCUGGUGAAAGAAUUUGACCGCCUGGAAAUGAUCCUGCAGGCGCACGAGUAUGAAGAGCUGGAGGGAACGCCAGGGAGACUACAGGAGUUUUUUGACUCCACUCAGGGUUGUUUCCAGCAUCCCGACGUGCUCCAUCUGGUCAGUGCGUUGAAUGACGAGAGGAGGAGGAGUUGCUUGACCGAACCAAAUAACUCUGGCAACUUGCAAUCACCUUCACAUGCAUCAUGACCACAUUUUUUUUACAAGUUUUCCACAAGUCACAGCAUCAACAGGCUGCAAUAUCAAAUGAACACUCGUCUGGGAAAACAACGCUCCAUGAGUCAGUUGUUGAAUUUGAAUAAUAUUUUAUUAUCAAAAAAACGGGACCUGAGAUGUACUUUAUUUCAGAUCAACAUAUAGGAGACCGUCAUUGUGUUCCAACCACGACAAAAUGAAAUCUAGAGAUGAUAUCAAGCAGGCUGAAAACUGGAUUGUGGGUUUGUGAACAGGUCAAAAAAAACAUUGUUACAUAAUGUCCAACAUUACCUUUAUCGAGCCAAGAGUCCCUGUUGUUCUGUUGUAGAACCAGAAUAAAUAUAAAUGUAUUGGCUAUCACUUUCAAAUUGGAGGUUUUAAGUUGCCCAAGACGAUUGUGUACAACUUGCCUUCUCCUUCAAUAUUAUUUGAUUAGCCCGAGAGCUGAAUUGGAUUCUGUGUCUCAUCGUGGCAGUCACGUGAAAUCCUUUCAAAACUUUCCAUGACAAUACAGGAGCAGAAAAUGCUCAAAAUCAAC